UGGGUAAAACAUAAAAAGGAGUGGUACAUUGGUUGGUGUGAAUUAAAUGAAUCUCUAGUGGGAAUUAACUCUGAAUUUGUUUCGAGAAGGAAAGAUCAAGAGAGUGGCACUCAUCGUGUCUGCUGCAGAGCACGGUUCCAUUUCUCAUCGGCUCAUUCCCUUCGUAAGAAGAAUCAGCGGAGCAGAGGCAGUUGUUGAAAGCAAAGCAAGCAUGAUUCCACGAUUUAGAGUGAAGAACAGCACCGGCUUCAUCAAGCUCUUCAGAUUCACAGCCACCGCCGCCUCGAUGUUCCGCCACCGCUCCUCAGCCCCACUUCCUUGUCUCGAGCCCAAACCCCACGCCGCCGGAUUGAGCCUUUGGUUUUCUCAGAAACGCCACACCUGUAAUUGGAAAGGAGCCUCCGACUACGAUUACAUUAGGGCCGAUGUCAACUGUCCGAGGUGCUCCAAGCAGAUGCCUGUCAUCUUCUCCAAUCGCCCAUUGUCCAUUACGGGCCGCGAGACUGGCGUCUAUCAAGCCCUCAAUCUCUGCCCCAAUUGCAAAACCGCCUUCUAUUUCAGACCCUUCAAGUUGCUUCCUCUGCACGGCACUUUCAUUGAGAUUGGUAGGGUUAAGGGCGCCACGGACUUGGAUAAACCCACCAAACCAGAUUUUCCCACCAUUUCUGGCGGCGGCGGUGCCGAUGCUAACUUGGGUUCGCUCCAAACCGACAGUGUCCAGAAAGGGGAGGCGGAUUUAGGAAGGCAGUUGCUUACUCCCAAGGAAAUUUCUGAGGCGCUGGACAAGUUCAUCAUUGGACAAGAAAAAGCCAAGAAGGUGCUUUCUGUGGCAGUAUACAACCACUAUAAGAGGAUAUCUCAUGCCUCAUUGCAGAAAACGUCAGGGCAAGGAUCUCUGAGUAUUGAAUUGGAUAAUGAUGAUAACGAAAUUGUGGAAUUGGAAAAGAGUAAUGUGUUGCUAAUGGGUCCUACAGGCUCAGGGAAGACAUUACUUGCAAAAACCCUUGCCCGUGUUGUGAAUGUGCCAUUCACCAUUGCUGAUGCUACUGCAUUAACUCAGGCGGGUUAUGUUGGAGAAGAUGUGGAAUCAAUAUUGUACAAGCUCCUCAUGGAUGCAGAGUUCAAUGUAGAAGCAGCUCAACGAGGGAUUGUAUAUAUCGAUGAAGUUGAUAAGAUAACUAAGAAGAAUGAGAGCAUGAACACUGGCAGAGAUGUAUCUGGAGAGGGGGUCCAGCAGGCACUAUUGAAAAUGCUCGAAGGAACUGUAGUAGAUGUUCCUGACAAAGGUGCUCGGAAACAUCCUCGAGGUGAUAGCAUUCAGGACUUAAGUUGCUAUGAUGCAUGGCAGAUGGAUACAAAAAAUAUUCUCUUUAUAUGUGGUGGUGCAUUUGUUGGCUUGGAUAAGUGCAUUUCUGACAGGCAGCAUGACUCUUCAAUUGGCUUUGGAGCACCAGUUCGUGCUAGCAUGAGAGCUGGUGGAUUGACUGAUGCAGUAGUGACAUCUUCAAUACUGGGAUCUGUAGAAAGCAGUGAUCUUGUUACUUAUGGUCUCAUACCCGAAUUUGUUGGACGAUUCCCGAUCUUUGUGAGUUUGUCAGCUUUGGACGAGGAUCAGCUUGUUCAGGUUCUCACAAAACCGAGAAAUGCACUUGGUAAACAGUACAAGAAGAUGUUUGGAAUGAAUGAUGUUAAAUUACAUUUCACCGAGAACGCUUUAAGAAUGAUUGCAAGGAAAGCAAUGAAAAAGAACACUGGUGCUAGGGGAUUAAGAUCCAUUUUAGAAAAUAUUAUGACUGAAGCUAUGUUUGAGGUUCCAGAAACUAGCAGUAUAAAGGCAGUUUUAGUUGAUGAAGAAGCUGUAGGAUCGGUCGACACUGUAGGAUGCGGAGCAAAAGUUCUUUGUGAUGUUGAUGAACUAGAGCGAUAUGCAAAUGGAGGAAUAGUGAGAGAUCUGAAGGGAAAUGGUUUGUUAGCAGAGGGCGAGGGUCGGUUCUCGGAUGGAGUCGAGGUUCCAUCAAUAACUAUGAGAUUGUAGAUGCAUUUUAAAGAGCAUAUAUGUAAAUUUAUUGUGUAAUCAGUAUCACUAGGGAGAAGUACACAAGUAGUUCAUUUAGAGAUCUUAUUUUCAAUAAUCCCUUUAAACCAAACAAAUGUAUAAGGCUAGCCCAUUUAUAAUACAAGUCCAUAUGAGGAAGGGGCAACUACAAGAAUGGUCAAAAUAAAUAGAGUAUUUUAAAAAA